AUGUCUCGCCCCGAAGAUACUCUCCCCCCCGACCUGCACUACAACGACACGGAAGCCCGCAAAUACACCACCUCCUCGCGUAUCCAAAACAUCCAAGCAGAAAUGACGCACCGCGCCCUCGAACUCCUCUCCCUGCCCACGCCCUCCCUAAUCCUCGACGUCGGCUGCGGCUCCGGGCUCUCAGGCGAGAUACUCUCCACGAUUCCCGCCUCCCAGAACGGUCCCCAUACCUGGAUCGGCCUGGACAUCUCACCGUCCAUGCUAGCCACGGCUCUGGAACGCGACGUCGAGGGCGACCUACUACUCGCGGACAUUGGGCAGGGGGUGCCGUUUCGCGCAGGCAGUUUCGAUGCUGCGAUUAGUAUUAGUGCGAUUCAGUGGCUGUGUAAUGCGGAGAGUAGCGAGGUGAGUGUGAUGGGGAGAUUGAGUCGGUUUUUUAAUGGGCUGUAUGCUAGUUUGAAGAGGGGGGGACGUGCGGUUUGCCAGUUCUAUCCGAAGAAUGAACAGCAGCGGACGAUGAUUAGUGGUGCGGCGAUUAAGGCUGGUUUUGGGGCGGGUAUUUUGGAGGAUGGAGGGGGGACGAAGAGUGUCAAGACUUAUUUGGUUUUGACCGUUGGUGGAGGUGACAUUGAUGGGGGAGGAGGGGAUAUUACGGGGGUGGUGAAGGGAAUGGAUGGGGUGGAUGUUGUGGAUGCCAGGAAGAAGUAUGGAGAGAAGAAGAGGGGCGAGGUUAAGAAGGGCAGUAAGAAGUGGAUUUUGGGGAAGAAGGAGCAGAUGGAGAGGAAAGGAAAGGUAGUCAAGAGUUCGAGUAAGUAUACGGGGAGGAAGAGGAAUAUUGCUUUUUAG